AUGCCACUAUUAUUACAAGAAUACAAAGGAUCAACAGAUGCCAAAACGUUAGCAAAGUGGCUUGUUGAUAAAAUUACCAGACUUGGAUUUAACUGUUAUAGAAUUAUCAACUGUACAACAUGUGGCGCAUCUGUAUGUUCGGGUUUAGAUGGAGGACUUUCAUUGGAAAUGAAUGAAUUGAUCAACAAAGAUGAACCUUCAGGUAUACCUCUUAUUGAUACAGAAAUGAAAAACUUUUGGUGUAGUGCACAUCGUGUAGCUCUAACUGGUGAAGGAUUAGAUAAGGAGCCUGAAAUAAAAAUGUUGAAAAUAUUAUGUCGAUGGUUCUGUAGAAAACGAAGAUUGUCUGACUAUAAUCAACAUUGCCAAAUUGAACACAGAAUAAAAGCAACAUAUUCUUUUACUCGUUGGUGCUAA